UUCCCACCACCCACUGCGUAGUGAAAAGCGAAGAAACGUGUCCGAGGAAAAGCGAUCCGGUUUGUGGACAGAAAUCUGCGAAAACCCGCAGAAAUUCUCGACAGUGAAGUGCAUUCAAGACAAGCGGAUUCCGGUGCUAUUCCCGUUUACGAACGCCGCAGUUUUCUUGGCCAUCGUGGUUGCUGUUAAGAAAAGGGUUGCGAGGGCGAUGAGCCGUGUCCUCCGUGGUGCGGAUCAUGAGUGAAAGGCACCUCCGCUCAGGGUCCAUCAACAGCACCACCAGUAGACGAAACAAGGACUGGAGUGGGUGCAGUAAAAGGAAGAAAAUCGUAGUAGCCUCGAUCGCGGUAGUGUCCGUUUGCUAAAUCUCUCCACGUCCCGGAACCCGGAGUCCCAGUCGGAUUCCCUGGCCCGCGGCUUUCCAUUCACCUGGUGGGCCGUGCACGAAACAGCGGAGAGGAAAGGACGGUCCACGGCGGAACCGUAAUUCAAUUAAUGAACUAACUGUAACCACCCCUUUCCCACCGUCGUGCACUGACGAAGACGGAGAAACGCCAGGGCAGUAGCAGCAGCAUCGCGAAAAGCAAAACGUAUAAGAAAACAUGAAAGCGAUCGAAGCGAAGAUUGUCGUGCUUGGAUCGCAAGGUGUUGGUAAAACGAGUCUCGUCGUGCGUUACGUAUCCAAUGUGUACACCAAAGAAAUCUCGCCCACCAUCGGGGCUUCGUUUUUCACAUGCAAAGUAAAUUUGGAAGAUUUCAAAGUCAAGAUGCAGGUAUGGGACACAGCGGGGCAGGAACGGUUCAAAGCGAUGGCACCGCUGUACUAUCGCAAUGCAAACGCGGCCCUGCUCGUGUUCGACCUCACGCAGUACAACUCCUUCAACGAUAUCAAGAGCUGGGUACAGGAGCUGCAACGUAAUGUGCAGGAACCGAUGGUGCUGUCACUAGUAGGCAACAAGCUCGACCUGGAAGCGAAACGGGCCGUCUCCCGGGAAGAAGCGAUGCUGUAUGCGAACUCGAUCGGUGGCAACUACUUCGAAACGUCUGCGUUGCACGAUCAGGGUAUAGAGCAAGUAUUCAUAUCAAUAGCGGUAGGAUUAAUUAAAUUGUCGGGUGAAGACGUGUGUUCCUCGCUGAAGCGAUACGAAUCGAAUGACUCGCUCGUGCUCUCCGGUUACUCCACACGUGUGAACGGUGUGGUGCAAAUGGGCAUUCCCGUGGAAAGUGACAGCAUCCUAAGCGAUGGUACCGGUCGACUAGAAACACCGUCCUGGAGCCGGGAUCAUAUAGCGCACGGCGAUGAACAGCGGGUCGGAUGGUGUUGCUACUAACUGCCCCACCCCGUUGCAUCGAAUCGAUCGUAAUUCCUCUAUUUUUGACACUUUUGCUCGAUCGACACGGAACGAGGCCGCACGACAUGCUCAAGUUUUGAAGAGAUUUGUGAUAGCUUUUUAUAUUUAUAUUGAACGACAAAGAACGACACACGGCUGUCAAUAUAUUCGCUUUGCGACAGGGUACAUUACUACUAGGGCAUUCAAUUUCAUCGUGUCGCUUUCCUGGCGGUGCGUGUCCGUAUCAUUCGUUCCCUCAGCUAACUACACCGCUCCACACAGCCACACAGCCUUGCCUGCCUUGCGUGAUUGCAUUUCGAUCGUGCUUCCAGUGUUCGAUGACAGAGACCGAGCCCCAGUCGCUUGCAGUCUGUUGAUGAUUCCAGGGCGCGUUUCGGAUAGUAAAUGAGAAAACGAAAUCAUCCAUCUGAUAUGGUAGAAUGUAGUACUUACUAGCAAUAACGAAGCGACACUUGACACGAUCUCUUCAGCAAGCGCCAACAAGCGAUCGAACCAUCCCCGUGUGCUCCUCUAUUUCAUUCGUUCCCACGCGGGGAAGACUGGUAGGAGUUUUUGUGAUCCAGUGGAACCAAACACAGACCAUACAGGCCCCCAUUCGGUGCUGUAGAAUGGUAUCGUACGACAGGUUUAUCGAUUUCAGUGGAGUCCGCUGCUCUGCUAUAAGACAUUCAUCGACGAAUAUUUACUUGUAGGAAUACGAUAUUUAGUUAAGCGAAAGUCAAUUACUACGGCAAUUUUCCUCCCGUCCCCCGUCUUCGUUCCUUCUUUCUCUCUCUCAUGCUCGGUCAGCGUGAUGACCUGGCGUACGGUUUUGCAGUUUCAUUCCAAAUCAUUUAAUUUCUUCAUUCCACAUCGUCUUCACAUUAUUGUUUUAAAAUAAACUAUUUUUUGAAGAGCUUUACUAAUGUUUAACAGCUACUGUACCGGUUGUA